GGCGUUUUAAAUGCCUGUUUUCCCUCAUUGCCACUUGAAAUGGAAAUCAAGAAAAUGACUUCCAUCUCCACUCUUCCCGACCUACAACACCAACCACAACCCAUCUUCAAACAAACAAAAAGAAGAACAAUUGUAUUCAAAUCUCUACCACAAACAACCAAAUCGAAUCACCCUAAUCUUUUCUUGUUAAGGUGAGUGAUCUGUGAAGAGUAGUAAAAUGGCAUACAAGGUGGAUCAUGAAUAUGAUUACUUGUUCAAGAUUGUAUUGAUUGGGGAUUCUGGUGUUGGUAAAUCCAACAUUCUCUCCCGGUUUACGCGUAACGAGUUCUGCUUGGAAUCCAAGUCCACCAUCGGCGUUGAAUUCGCCACCAGAACUCUCCAGGUAGAAGGAAAGACAGUAAAGGCACAGAUAUGGGACACAGCAGGUCAAGAGAGAUACAGAGCAAUCACAAGUGCUUAUUACAGAGGUGCUGUUGGGGCUCUUUUGGUUUAUGACAUAACCAAGAGGCAAACCUUUGACAAUGUCCAGCGAUGGCUCCGAGAACUAAGGGACCAUGCCGAUUCCAACAUUGUAAUCAUGAUGGCUGGUAACAAAUCGGAUCUGAAUCACCUGAGAGCAGUCCAAGCGGAAGACGCUCAAGCUUUGGCAGAGAAGGAAUGUCUGUCGUUCCUGGAGACAUCAGCCUUGGAAGCGUUCAACGUGGAAAAGGCUUUCCAAACCAUUUUGUAUGACAUUUACCAUAUUAUAAGCAAGAAGGCACUGGCUGCACAAGAGGCAGCUUCAACAACCGGACUUCCGCACGGAACAACCAUCAACGUCGCUAAUUUGUCAGGUAACGUGAACAAGAGAGCUUGUUGUUCCAAUUGAUCAGGUGUAUUUUCUGUUAAAGACAUUAGAAGAGGCCAGGAUCCUAUCCUAGCUAGCCAGCACGCCUGGACAUUGUUGUUUCUUUUAGUGGUUGAUUUUUUUGCCAUCAAAGGAAAAAAUGAAGCUUUCAUGUCC